AUGUCCCGUGGAAGCAGCGCCGGAUUCGAUCGUCACAUCACCAUCUUCUCCCCGGAAGGACGUGUCUAUCAGGUCGAGUAUGCUUUCAAAGCAAUCAACUCCACUAAUCUCACCGCUGUUGCUGUCAAGGGCGUUGACACCGCCGUCAUUGCCAUCCAGAAGCGUGUCCCAGACAGUCUCAUUGUCGCCGACACUGUCACUUCGGUUUACCAAAUCUCUCAAUCUGUCGGAUGCUGUGCCAUCGGAAUGAUUCCAGACGCCAAGUUCCAGGUCAAGCGUGCGCAAGGAGAAGCCGCCAGCUGGAAGUACAAAAAUGGUUAUGAUAUGCCAUGCGAGCUUCUCGCCAAGAAGAUGGCCGAUCUAAACCAGUACUACACCCAAAACGCCGAGAUGCGUAGUUUGGGAUGCGCUCUUCUGUUCAUCUCCUAUGACGACGAGAAGGGCCCAGAAGUUUAUCGUGUUGACCCAGCUGGCUAUUACCGUGGAAUGAAAGGAGUGUCAGUGGGAGUCAAACAAGUUCCAGCCACCUCGUUCCUCGAGAAGAAAAUCAAGAAGAAGCCAGAGAUGAAUUCCACGGAGACCAUUGAGCUUGCGAUCGAGGCUCUUCAGAACUCCCUUGGUAUAGAUGUCCGAUCCAAAGAUCUCGAAGUCGUUGUCGUCACCAAGGAUAACACAAAAUUCACAAAAUUGACCAACGAUCAAGUGGAGCACCAUCUCAACCAGAUCGCCAACAGAGACUAA